CCGCACCCGCCGCAGCAGCACCCGCAGAAUCAGGCGCACCGGGGCGGCCACCGCGGCCGGUCUUCGGCAGCCUCCUCCACCGCCGCCGCCGCCGCGUCCUCGGCGUCCUGCUCGCGCAGGCUUGGCCGGCUGCUCAACUUUCUCUUCUACCUCACCCUGGUGGCGGCGGCCGCCUUCUCUGGUUGGUAUGUCCAUCAUGUCCUGGAGGAGGUCCAGCAGGUUCGGCGCGGCCACCAGGACUUCUCCCGUGAGAGGGACGAGCUGGGCCAGAGCCUGCAGGGCGUCGAGCAGAAGGUACAGUCUCUGCAAGCCACGUUUGGGACUUUUGAAUCCAUCCUGAGGAGCUCGCAGCAUAAACAGGACCUCACAGAGAAAGCUGUGAAGGAAGGGGAGAGCGAGAUCAACCGUAUCAGCGAGGUCCUGCAGAAGCUGCAGAACGAGAUCCUCAAAGACCUGUCGGACGGAAUCCACGUGGUAAAGGAUGCCCGAGAGCGUGACUUCACGUCCUUGGAGAACACGGUGGAGGAGCGCCUGACGGAGCUCACCAAGUCCAUCAAUGACAACAUCGCCAUCUUCACCGACGUUCAGAAGAGGAGCCAGAAGGAAAUAAAUGACGUCAAGAUGAAGGUUGCCUCUCUGGAAGAAUCUAAGGGCGAUCGCAGUCAGGACCUGAAGAUUCUGGAGAAAGCCCUGAAGGAGGUACAGGCCUCUGUGAAGUCCAGGGAGAGGGACAUUGAAGCCCUGCAGAGUUCCCUUCAGACCAUGGAGUCUGAUGUCUACACAGAGGUCCGGGAGCUAGUGAGCCUCAAGCAGGAACAACAGGCGUUCAAGCAGGCGGCCGACUCCGAACGCCUGGCUUUGGAGGCCCUCACGGAGAAGCUUCUGCGAUCUGAAGAGUCCUCCUCGCGCCUCCCAGAGGACAUCAGGAGACUGGAAGGGGAGCUGCAGCAGCUGAAGGCCCAGGCCCAUGGGGCAGAGGAGGCCAUCGUCUUUAAAGACUCCAAAGCGGUGGAUGAACUCCAGAGGCAGAUUGAGGGCCUAGGUGCCAGGCUCCAGUAUGUGGAGGACGGGGUGUACUCUAUGCAGGUGGCUUCUGCACGCCACACCGAGAGUCUGGAGUCGCUCCUAUCCAAGAGCCAGGAGUACGAGCAGCGUCUGGCUAUGCUGCAGGAGCAGCUGGAGAGCCUGGGGUCCUCCUCCAAUCUGGCCAGUACAGUGAGGAGCCUGGGGGAGGCCCAGCUGACGAUGGCCAGCGACGUGAAGGAGCUGCAGCGCAGCGUGGGCGAACUCCCCAGCACCGUGGUGUCGCUGCGAGAACAGGUACACUCGCUGCUCAGCCAGGACCAAGCCCAGGCCACGCCUCCCCAGGACGUCUUGGACAGGCUCUCUUCCCUGGACAGCCUGAAAUCCUCCGUGAGCCAAGUGGAGUCGGACUUGAAAAUGCUCAGGACUGCCGUGGACAGUCUGGUUGCCUACUCUGUCAAAAUCGAGAGGAAUGAGAACAGCCUGGAGUCGGCCAAGGGCUUGCUGGAUGACCUAAGGAACGACCUCGAUAGGCUGUUUGUGAAAGUUGAAAAGAUUCAUGAAAAGAUCUAAAUGAACUGCGUGUGCAGGGCGGGCACAGAUUUAUAGUCCAGUUUCUUACGACCAAAAACAAA